GCAGCUGAAUUCGCGUGUCUGGAGGGAUGAUGGACUGGCAGCUGCCUGGCUCAGAAGAGAAAACAGACUAGAACAGCUUAAACCUACCAAGCUGCCAGGUUCCCACUUCAUGAGGGAGCAGGAAACAAGAUCAAGGCAUCGCUCGUCUGCCAGUAGCAACUUUCCUAAGUCGACAGAAUUCAUAUGAGGAGCAUUUGAAGUACCACACGCAUACGUACAGAAGGGGAACGUGUCUUCUCCGGCUUUACACUGCAACAUAAAGACAGAAAGUAAAAGGCGAACAGCAACAGCAGCAGCACCACCAGCUCCGGUUGUUAGACCCAGACCCGUGGGCGGCUGGGUGGCGUCCGUCUGGGCGAGCUGAUAGGACGAAGAUUUGGCACUCUACCUACCAACUGCUUCAUCCCAAAAAAUUUCAAGAUAUGGCGAUGAGAAGUGAGAUGUAGAAAACGGAUGGGAGGCCAUUCAUGUGGGCUUCAGCUACAACGGACAGUAUCUCCCAGCACCACCACCCUCCUCCUCCACACUAACCAGUUGAUUUUUUUUUUUAUUCUUAUAACUAUCUAAAAAGUGUAGAGCUCAUGACACGCUGGUGAAUCCCCGAGGCAGGUCCCACACACAGACUGAAUGAGUCCAUCUUUUGCUGUCGGACGGACUCCUCAAGAGCACAGUACGGAUGCAAACAGACUAAACACAUCUUGGCAAUUCAAAAGACCCUCAGCAUCUCCGCCAACGGUGCUCUAACCGAGCGGGGGGAAUCUCACACCGGGGGACCAGGCGUUUCACAGGCAGGGAGAAGAUGCCAUUCCACCAUGUGCGGGCGGGCCUGCUCUAUCCAGACAACUAUCUGAGCAGCUCCCUGACGGAGGGCAGCGAAGCCUUCCAGCUCACCAGUAUCUCCACAGAGGAGCUGGGAGAGAUCCGUGAGGCAUUUCGUGUUUUGGAUCGUGAUGGGAAUGGUUUCAUCUCCAAACAGGAGCUGGGCAUGGCCAUGCGCUCCCUGGGUUACAUGCCCAGCGAAGUGGAGCUGGCCAUCAUCAUGCAGAGACUGGACAUGGAUGGGGACGGCCAGGUGGACUUUGAGGAGUUCAUGACGAUACUGGGGCCCAAACUGCUGUCAUCCGACAACCGAGAAGGAUUCCUGGGCAAUACCAUUGACAACAUCUUCUGGCAGUUUGACAUGCAGCAGCUGUCUCUGGAUGAGCUGAAGCAGGUGCUGUUCCACGCCUUUCGGGACCACCUGACAAUGAAGGACAUAGAGAACAUCAUCAUCACCGAGGAGGAGAGCCUCAAUGAAACCUCAGGGAACUGCCCUGAGUAUGAGGGAGUCCAUCCUAAGAAGAAGAAUCGGCAGACGUGUGUCAGGAAAAGCCUGAUCUGCGCCUUCGCUAUGGCUUUCAUCAUCAGUGUCAUGCUCAUCGCAGCCAAUCAGAUGCUGCGGAACGGCAUGGAGUAACCAAUUGCACUGUGAGCAUGGGGAGUGGACAGAACAGCCAUGACCUCACAUCGCAGCCAAAGCAGGACCAGCCACAACCCGAGCACUUCUCUAAACAAUCAGUUGAGUUUUUUGAGUUUAAUUUGAAUUUAUAGAAGCAGACAAUGUACAUGAAAUGGAGGGAGAUAUAUUUGUUUUGCAUUGAAGAUGUCACCAUGUAGAGUCACUGGACUUACCGAUCACGAGGAACCUGAACUGGAAAAAAUAUAUAUGUUUUUCUAUAAACAGUGAAAAUAAAUGGAGGGUUUUAUUUCACUGUUUUCAAGACCAAGACCACCCUUUAAACUUGAUUUUCUAAUUAACGAAAACGUUUAUCAGGUGCUUUGAGCCAUUCCUAAUUUAAAAAACAAAUAAUGGUUAUUAUGGACAAUUGCAUAUUUACCCUAGAGAAGUAGCGUUGACUGUGAGUGAAUGUGGGCACUGAAUGUUGGGCACAGUAUUUAGAUGCAUAGUUAAUCCAUCACAUCCCAUAUAGUCGUUUAGAAACAUCAAACUUUAUGUGAAACAUCGAAAUCCUUGACCCAAUCCACUAAUGUUGGGACACAUGAAGUCUUUCUGCGUAUCUACAAGGAGCACAACUUAAUACUCAGUGAGGGACCAGGAACAAAUCAUCACUUUCCUGUUGUCUUUACUAUUAAGUCUUAGCAUUGACUGAUUGAUUGACUGAUUGAUUGGUCACUGAACAUUUGUGUAGGUGUGUAAAAGACAGUACAUAAUGUAAGUUCAGGCUGUCUGAGAGGUGUAAAAUGCAUGAUGAGAGGGAUAUAAGAUAAUAGUGAUGCGAUGGUUUGGUUAACAGUAGGAACGGUCUGAGAUAAAAUAUGAUAUUUUUAGUAAUGUGUUUGUAGAAAAUAUUUCACCUCAGCAUCUCAUUGUAAUACUGCCCAACUGUGGUAAAUAUACACCACACAAAAAGCAUGCCAGUAUAUACACUGCCAUAUCAAACAUCUCUAGCUCCCAUGGAUUUCUCUGUAUAUAUAGUAUUACUUAUCUUGUGUAAUGUAUUAUUCCUCGCAA